GCGGGAUAUAUUAACGCGAAAAAACGUCUCGCGAAGCGCCGACCGACUGUUGCUGCUGCCCGCGUGCUGCGCUGCGACGAUUUCUCAUCGUCAUCAUCAUCAUGCCGCCGCCGUCGUUUGGCUCUUCUUCCUCGUCUACUUAGGCUAUUGUUGUUUUGUUGUUUUAUAUAUACUGCUUGCCAGCAGUAGAGUAGUGGUGUUUUAGUGCGCGAAAAGGCAAGAGAAAAAAAUUAUUCGGUUUCAGUGUCUCCUCUGUGUUUGGUGUCUGUGUUUUUUUUAAGUGAGUGCGCGUUUAUCGUGGUGUCAACAAAUAGAGAUAAGUUAUAGUUUAUAUAUCAAUUAUAAAAUCAAACGCGGGUGCGCGGAUGAUCUUGAAUAAUCGAUCGCGAAGCCGAAGGAUGAAAACGAGAAUAAUCGCGAGGAUAAUCGCAAGUCAAGGAGCCGCGAGACAAUGCUCCUGACGGACACCACUCGCCACCGCUUAAUACGUAUAUCUGUCUCGUCAUCGAGAGCUGCAGUUGCUACGUAUCGAGAGAACAAACGCGUGUGACUGGUGACCGUGAUUGAUUAACCCCUCUAUAAUACCAGCCCCCAGUAAGUGUGUGUCUUUGUAGGGGAUCAAAAUUUUGCAGUGAAUAUAAUACUUGUGAAGUGAAUAAGAGUCGAGUGAAAUAGUUCGAAGAUAAUUUUUUAAUAAAUAAAAAAUAAAAUAUCUAGUGACCAAACGCUGCACACAAAGCCAACGACGACAACGACACAAUGAGAAAAGUGACAGAAUCAGCGGCGGCGGCGACGACGACGACGACGAGGGGGCACGUGCGCUCCUCGAUGAUGCGUCUGCAGACGAUUUUUGCGCUCGCGCUGCUGACGCUGCUACAGCUGGCGAGACUCGGCAGCGCCAAGUACACGCCGGUCUACGUCGAUGACCGAGCGCAAAAUUACUUAAUGAAAUUCGGCUAUCUGCCGCAAAGCGGCCUCGAGACCGGAAAUCUUCGUACGGACGAUCAGCUGCGAGACGCCAUCAGAAGUUUACAGCGAUUCGGCGGCGUACCGGAGACGGGCCAGCUCGACGAAGCCACGCAGAGGCUCAUGCGAAGUCGUCGCUGCGGCCUCGCCGACAAGCCGGAUCCGAGGGAGCAGCACCACGACCCCAGCCAGCUGAGGCGCUACAAGCGCUACACCCUGCACGGCACGCCCUGGAAGCAUCUCAAUCUCACCUGGAGUUUGAGGACCGACAGGCCGAGCGGCCUCGAGACGGGCGGCGUGAGGCGCGAGCUCAGCCGCGCCCUCGACGUGUGGGCGAAAAAUUCGAAGCUCACCUUCCAAGAGAUCAACAGCGACUCGGCCGACAUUCUCGUCUCCUUUCAUCGAGGUUAUCACGGCGACGGAUAUCCUUUCGACGGCAGGGGACAGAUAUUGGCGCACGCCUUCUUUCCGGGCAACGAUCGCGGCGGCGACGCUCACUUCGACGAGGAGGAGGAGUGGACGCUGGGCAGCAGCAGCACCGACGACGGUACGAGCUUAUUCGCCGUGGCGGCGCACGAGUUCGGCCACUCGCUCGGCUUAGCUCACAGCUCGGUGCGCGGGGCCCUCAUGUACCCCUGGUACCAAGGGAUAACCGAGGAUUACGAAUUGCCCGAGGACGAUAAGCACGGCAUACAGCAGAUGUACGGCGCACCCGAUCGUUUGUGGGGCAAUAAUCCGGACUACAAGAACUACCGACCGAGGCCGCCUCGUCCCUCGACCAGCACAACGACAACGACCACCACCACGACAACUACCACCACGACUACCCGAAGACCAUGGCGAACGAGACCUCGACCGGUCGAGCCGACGCCACCGCCACCAUCCAAGGACGACGGCGACGAGAGACCCUACAGGCCGAAUCACUAUCCCGAGGAUCGACCUCGUCACAGGCAUCCACAUCGCUCGAGCACGACGAGCACCACCGAGUACGCGCCUCGCUACUAUCCCAGCUGGAUAACGACGAGUACGAGUACCGCGUCGCCUCCGACGAGACAUCGUCCUCCGACUCCGCAGAGGCCCAAUUACCAUCCUGCGUCGACGCCCCAUCACAGGCACAACAGGCCGCCGACCCCGAGGAGGGACCUGCCCGACAAAUGCGACACGAGCUACGACGCGAUUAGUCUAAUUAGGAGGGAAUUAUUCAUAUUUAAAGGAAAGUACGUAUGGCGAUUGAACGACAACGGCCUCGUGGACGGCUUCCCGGCGGAGAUCAAUCAGCUGUUCAAGUUCCCGAUGGAGGUGGAGCACGUGGACGCGGUGUACGAGCGACCCGACAACAAUCGCAUCGUCUUCUUCAUAGGCAGGUGGUACUACGUGUUCAACGCGUUCUAUCUCGAGCCCGGCUAUCCCAAGCCCCUGACGCAUCUGGGAUUGCCUGCGGAGCUGGACAGGAUCGACGCCGCAGUGGUUUGGGGAUACAAUCAGAAGACGUACUUCUUCAGUAGCGAUAUGUACUGGAGAUUUGACGACGUCGUGAAUCACGUGGAACUGGACUAUCCGAGGGACAUCAGCAUGUUCGCUGGUAUCGGUCGUCGCGUGGACGCCGUGCUGCAGUGGAAGAAUGGCACGACUUACUUCUUCGAGGGCAAGCAUUUCUGGCAGUUCGACGACAGGCGCAUGAGGGUGGCGCACAAGAAGCCGAGAUCGUCGGCCCAUUACUGGAUGGGAUGCCCGCGCGGGGUCGACACCAACGACGUCGACCUCGAGCAGCCGAUAAAGCCCAACGGUGCUGCUACUCCGGCGACGUCUUCUUCGUCGACGCUGCCGAUGGUGCUGAUCGUCGCCACCAUCGCCCUCGCGUUUGGACGUUAAACUUAUUUUUAGAAUUUGAUGAAAAAAAGUUAAUUGUAAAACGACGAAGAAAAGAAAAGAUCGAGACAAAGUUUAUGUGGAGUUUGUAGGAAAAAUUAAUUGUUAACGUAAUUGUUCGUCACUGCCUCAAAUGGUGCGUGUAUUGCGAUAAUGCCGAUGAAACGUUGUUAUUUCGGCGUUUCUAUGAUUUUUAUAUUGAAUGAUGGAAUGACGUGUUUAAUCAAGAGAUUUACAAUUAUGUGCAAUACUAGAGAGAGAGCAAGAAAGAAAGAGCGGAAGAGAGCAUUUUUUAAACGAAUUUUGUGUAUUUACAAAAGAAAACACGAACAAUAGAGCAUAAUUCAUUGCCUUAUUCUUGAGGAACGAUUUACAUUCCUUCGAGACAAAUAUUUUUACAAUACUCUGUAAGAAGUUAGUUUAAUUUAAUUUUGUUUACGUAGAGGCGUCUUAAAAACGAAGGCAUAAUUUGAAUUUUUUUACUUUUAAAUUAGUUAUUAUUACUUUGUUACGUUUACUUAGUUGAACGAAUUAUAUAAUGAAUACAGGUGAUGGCCUUGUGCAUCGCAAAUUUAUUAAUGACGAUAAUGAUAUUUUGUGAAGAAUACAAAUAAAAAAAAAACAAUUAAUGUAUCAACUUGAACAUUGUGUUGUGAAUGAUCGCGCGUACAGUCAGUUUUUUGUUGAACUGUGAUAUUUAUACUCAAACUCAUUGUUAGUCUGCGAUUAAACUUUGAAAAGUUAUGAUAUACACAAGUGUUCUUUUUAUGAAUAAACGAGUGUCUUUUAACUUAAGGGAGAGAAAAAUAAACGACGGAAAGAAAGUAAAGCUCGGCUUAUGAUUUAACUAUAGACUAAUAAAUACUACGUCGACUUUCAAACUGAAUUAAUUAUAUAUUUUUUGUACACUUUUCAACGAAAUACAAUAUGUAUAUAAAGAAAGAUUAUAAACGUAUAUUUAUUAUUAAGAAAAAGAAAAUACUUAUUGUGACAAAACACGUGGAAUUGAGGAAGAAAAAAACAUAACGAUGAUGAUAAUAAUAAGGAUUGUAGACAGAGACUUUCAAAAAAACUC